AUGGAAUGUGAGUACAAGUGCUCAUCAGAUAAUUACCAGGCACCUAAGGAUGGCAAUAAAGAAGGGAUGUCUGGAAAAGUACCCGAAAUCUGGAAUUGCUUCACUUGUGAAGAGAAGCCUUUUAAGUGUGAGGUGUGUGCUACACCAUUUGCUAGGAAAUCUGAUAUAAGUAACCAUAUGAAGACACAUACAAAGGAAAGACCUUAUAGAUGUGAUACAUGCAGUAAAGGAUUCUCCAGGAAAUCUCAUCUUGAGACUCACAUUAAAAGAGUACAUGUAAAGGAGAGGCCUUUUAAGUGUGAUAUAUGUAAUAAAAGCUUCUUUGAAAAUUUCCGUCUUAGGGAUCACAUGUUAAUGCAUACAGAAGAGGAUCCCUUUAAGUGUGAGAUUUGCCAUAAAAGUUUCUCUCACAAAUCAGGCCUUAAUUUACAUAUGAAAAGACAUGCAGGAGUUAAGCCAUUUAUCUGUGAGGUAUGCAGCAUGGCCUUCUUUUGCAAACAGUCACUAGGUGUACAUAUGAGAGUACAUACAGGGGAGAAGCCCUAUACCUGUAAAGUAUGCAAUAAGUCAUUUAGAGCUCUUUAUACUCUAAAAAACACAGUAGCUGCAUACUAG